AAGUCACUUUACGUGCCGUCAGCUUCUGUCUAGGCUUAUUUUCAUUCCAUCAAUUUUGCUCACUCGAGUGAGAUUCAAUUGAUUUAGCUGUUGAUGCUGAGGUCAGUUGCCCAGCAUGUUUAUCUCAAUUCUUUAAAGGUGUUUCUUCCUCGUGCUCUCACUAUCAGAUCUUGCCAUGGCGAGUCCAGCGACGACGUCAACUAGAAGAGGAUCUCCAUGUCAGUAUUUACCUCCUCAGCUCACUCUGACCGGCCAAGCUAGCAUCAUCUCCACCUUCAUCCUCCCCAUCAUCCCCCUCGUCACCGGCUUCUCCUGCCUCACCAAAAUCAUCAUCCUCUGUUCCCAAUCCAAAUAUAACGGCUUUAAAGGCCCAAUUUUUCCGCCGAUACAAAUCAGAGCGCAUAAUUAUCAAAUAUGGUCCCUUCAUCACUCUCCCCAGUACGACAAACAACGGAAUGGAUACCUACGAAGUGCUCAACGCAUCAACCCCCUGCAUGGACUGCCUCGUAACCUACAUCGCCGCCAACCUCGAGUGUCCAGACGGUAUGACGACCAAUACCGAAACAGGGAUGUGACUGCAUCAUGUUCUCUUAUGCAGCACGACAGAGAACGACGCCGUCUAUCCAUAAUACUAAUCGCAUCGGAUCUUAGCAACAGGAAAUGAGAGAACCCCUGCUGAUAUUUCCGUCAAUGGGUUUGUCCUCUUCUUUCUCCUUCGCAUCAAAAUUCCCCUACGGACCACCCCACAGAACAAAGGAAUCAGGCAUCCACCUCCCCGCCAGUGCUACCUUCCUCCUCGCCCCCGAACUCGUGAACGAAUCCUCCGAGUCG